AUGUCUGCUUCAAAAACAACUCGGGGGGAUUUUUGGGUAGGCCUCAUGGUCACCAGCCCCUGGGCGGCGCUGGAGCGCCGCAGCCUGCUGCGGCGUGCGCUGUCCCACUGCCAGUCCAACUCUGGCGCCGACUCUGUGGAACUGCUCUUCUUCAUGGCGAAGCCCGCAGAAUCCCAGGAGGCGCAGGCCUGGGAGGAGGAGGCCAAGUACGGGGACCUCGUGGAGGUGGCUGGCCCGGAUUCCGACCCCCCGGUGGCCCGAGACGUCACCUACGUCUUGGAUAGGCCCUGCGCGCGCACGUGGCGGCUGCUGCAGGGCAGCGCCUGGCUGGCCGAGAACAGGCCCGAGCAGGACUAUGUCAUGUACCUGGACGACGAUAGCUUUCUGAACGUGCCCCGGCUGCUGCAGGUGCUUCGAGCGCAGAACUCCGACUCUCUGGCCAUGGGCUACGUCAUGGAGACGGAGCUCGACUGGUCCAAGACCCACGUCUGCGAGUUGUGCGACCCCUGCAGCAUUUGCAGAUCCGAGGAAGAUCUCAAGAACUUCUGCAGCCAGUUCGACAUCGCCAUGGGAGGCUGCAUGAUGGCCAUCGAAAACUGCAACAUUUUUGAUGGGACAGACAUCACCAGCCCGGAGCUGCCCAACUGCAUCCGACGCAAGCUCCAGGAGAUCCGACGGGUGGCGAGCUACUUCGGGUCCAAGGCUGCCCCUCGCUGGUUUCUGGGCAUGGGCUGGGUCUUCGGCAAGAGGAUCGUGCGGUACUUGGGGCGCAAUUCACGGCGCCUCAAGUCCCGCGGAGCCGCGGACGUGUCGCUGGGCUUUUGGCUUGCGCCCUUGGAGAACCUGCGCUUCGUGAGCAUGAAUGAGGGUUUCUUCCACGACCACCCUGAUGACAGGAGCCACCUUCGCGCGGCCUUGCACCGACGAUACGAUCCUGGUGCACAGGAUGAACCGGACGAGGUGGAAUGGCUUCAGACCGGAGACCUGUGA